AUAUUGAGGAAAUGCACGAUCAUUUCAGCGUUUUAUUUUCAUGCAUGAUAUUCACAAACAUUGAUGUCAUAUUGGGACACUGAGUGCCAUGUUUUUGUUUUCAGCGGUAAUUUGUAAUUUGAUGCAGUGAAAGAAUACUUGUAUUAUAAGAGUAAAUUAUCCAUUGGUAGAAUUAGAGUUGCAAUGUAAUUGGUUGUUUGUAGCAGCAGAGCAAUAAUUUAUGUGAGGCAGAGGUAUAUUUUCUAAGGACCAGGAUAGCUCGAUAGUGCAAAUGGCAGAGUUUGGACCAGACUCCGGCGGACGAAUAAAGGGCCUGACUAUUAUAAAGCCAGUUAUUUAUGGAAACAUAUCUCGGUAUUUUGGAAAGAAAAGGGAUGAGGAUGGACACACCCAUCAGUGGACAGUGUACGUCAAACCCUACAGAAAUGAGGACCUCUCAACUUAUGUGAAAAAAAUCAACUUCAAGUUGCAUGAAAGCUACCCAAACCCAAAUAGAGUGUUGACUAAACCUCCGUAUGAAGUUACAGAAACAGGCUGGGGGGAAUUUGAAGUUGUAAUUAAAAUUUACUUCAAUGACCCAAAUGAACGACCGGUCACUAUAUACCAUUUAUUGAAGCUAUUUCAAAGCGAGACUGAUAUUAUGCUUGGAAAGAAAUCACUUGUUGCAGAGUACUAUGAUGAAAUGAUUUUUCAAGACCCAACAGCAAUGAUGCAGCAGUUGUUGAACAGCACAAGACCUGUUGCAAUAGGAGCCUACAAACAUGAGACUGACUUUGAAGAAAAGAAGGAAAAGACCUUGGAGAAAAUUUUAUCAGCCAAAUCAAAAAUAAGAUAUGAGAUCCAAGAAUUAAAUGAAAGAUUAAAGAAGAAAAAAGAGAGUAUUCAAAUUCUAAAGGACCAUACUGAAAAACUAGAAGAUCCUGAUGUCACUGAUGUUGAAAAUAUCACUUGAGCAAACAGCAUUGCCAUAGGCUUAAGGCUUCAUAAAUAAUCGAAAUAUCAGUAUGCAGCUAAUGGCAGAAAUAAAUUUACUACUGGAACUACCAAUGAACUGUGCUGUGACAUUUCCACUGGAACUACCAAUGAACUGUGCUGUGACAUUUCCACAUUGUGUUCCUUAUUUAGAAUUUAAAAACAUUAAGCUUCAUACAUGUAACAAUAUUAUUAUAUUUGAAUGUAGAAAUAAAGUAGUUUUAUGUAGAAUUAAA